AUUCGUAGCACAGACGACCCUUUUCUCUUUCUUCUCCAAGUGGGACUAGAAGUAAACAAAACAAAGCUCCUCCAUAUCCAAAGCCGAAGCUCGAAUUCGAUAUAAAAGCUACAAUACAGUUGCACAACUUCUUCAGCAAUUAACUCCAUUGAAGAAGACUCGCAGAGAUCCAAUCACAGAUGAAGAUCACUGUAAUGACCGCGGACGAACAGAUUCUCAACUUAGACGUCGAUCCUCACGAAACUGUUGAAAAUGUGAAAGCUCUGCUGGAGGUGGAGACGCGGGUGCUGCUUCAGCAACAGCAGCUGCUAUAUAAUGGGAGGGAGAUGAGGAAUUCUGAGAAGCUGAGUGCCCUUGGCGUUAAAGAUGAAGACUUGAUAAUGAUGGUAUCCAAUGCUGCACCGAGUGCUUCAGCCAAUGCUUUGAGCUUCAAUCCAGAUGGGUCUGCGGUAAACCCAGGAGCUUUUCAGCAGCACAUUAAGAAUGAUUCUAAUUUGAUAGCACAGUUGUUUCAGAGUGACCCAGACUUAGCACAAGUUAUUCUUGGAAAUGAUCUCAAUAGACUGCAGGAACUUUUACGACAGCGUCAUCGCCAAAAGUCUGAACUUCGACGGCAACAAGAUGAGGAGCUUGCUCUUCUUUAUGCAGAUCCUUUUGAUGUUGAAGCACAGAAGAAGAUUGAAGCUGCUAUUCGCCAGAAAGGAAUUGAUGAAAACUGGGCUGCGGCUCUGGAACAUAACCCUGAAGCUUUUGCAAGGGUGGUUAUGUUGUAUGUUGACAUGGAAGUCAAUGGUGUCCCGUUAAAGGCAUUUGUUGACAGUGGAGCGCAGUCAACAAUUAUUUCAAAAAGCUGCGCUGAGCGUUGUGGAUUGUUGAGGCUUUUAGAUCAACGUUACAAGGGUAUUGCUCAUGGAGUUGGUCAAUCAGAGAUAUUGGGUCGGAUACAUGUAGCUCCAAUCAAGAUUGGGAAUAUAUUUUAUCCUUGCUCAUUCUUGGUUCUGGAUGCUCCCAAUAUGGAGUUCCUCUUUGGGUUGGAUAUGCUCCGUAAGCAUCAGUGCAUUAUAGAUCUGAAGGAUAGUGUUUUGAGAGUUGGUGGUGGAGAAGUUUCCGUACCAUUCUUGCAAGAAAAGGACAUACCAUCUCGUUUUCUGGAUGAAGAAAGGUUUGCCAAGGAAGCAUCCAGCUCAGGAGCUCCUGUUACAUCUGGAACAGCAGAUACAAGCAAAAAUUCACCAUCGGGAGGGCAAUCGUCUGGAAGUGCUCGUUCUAACCCGACUGAGGGACCUGAUUUUGAAGCUAAAGUUGCAAAGCUUGUUGAGCUAGGGUUCGGGAGAGAUGCUGUAAUACAAGCUCUUAAAUUUUUCGACUGUAACGAAGAACAAGCAGCAGGGUAUCUUUUUGGGGGCUGAUUAAGCUAUAUAACUUUUAAAAUUCAUUUCAUUGUUGGAAUAAUAAUGAUUAAUUGGAGAACUCAAUUACAAAAGUAGUUCAAGUUGAAAUAUUGUGUAUUUUGUUACCCUUUGAUUUGAUUUUAAUCUAUUGACACCCACAAACGGGGCUGGCAACAUUUACCCUUUUCA